UUGUUGUCUGUACUACACCCUACACAUUACCGAUCCUUAGCAUUAGGUAGUGAUAACACGUCCCCAGAGUUCCUUUAAAUCGAACCAAACCUUCCAAGCGUGAAGACAACUUUAGUGUCACCGUUUUGGUGAAUAUUGAGUCUUCACGAGUCUAGACCAGCUAACAUUGCUAGCUACAGUGUACUGGAGCGAGUAAACCAUUCCUUUUUAAAUCCUACAGUAAGCCAUUCAUCUCACCAAAAAAUGAUUAAUUUUCUCUUAUAUUUCAGUCUAACAUGUCAAAUCAGAACACAAAAUGUAAGGCGGUCCAAGAGGAGCCUGAGGAGUUUGUUGUGGAGAAGGUGGUGGACCAACGCAUUGUCAAUGGGAAAGUUGAGUUCUUCCUGAAAUGGAAGGGAUAUAACGAUGUGGAUAAUACCUGGGAGCCCGAGGAGAACAUGGACUGUCCAGAGUUGAUCUCAGCGUUCUUAGAGUCCAAGAAUCAUAUUAUGGAGAAGCCAGAGUCCACCAAGAGGAAGUCCUCCACGGAAGUGCCCGAGACAGAAGAAGAAGAGGGCAAAGCCAAGAAGAAGAAGGACAUGAAUGAAAAGGCCUGUGGCUUUGCUAGGAAUUUAGACCCAGAGAAGAUUAUUGGUGCGACAGACAGCAGUGGAGAAUUGAUGUUUUUAAUGAAGUGGAAAGACUCAGAGGAAGCUGACCUGGUUCUAGCCCAGGAUGCUAACACUCGCUGUCCUCAAGUUGUCAUCUCCUUCUACGAGGAAAGACUCUAUUGGCAUGCCUGCCCUGAGCAUGAGACCCAGUAGCCUCUUGGUUGAUAACUGGUCUGACGGCUCUACAAAAGUUUAACCCUCAACAGUUUGAGGACAGAAACAUGCCCACUGCCUCUUUCUAUUCACAUUUCUUUAUAAUGGUUGCAUACCAAUGGUUAAAUGCCAUUUUUUUAUCUGAAUAUUAUUAGGAAUUACAUUUAACCAAAACAAAAAUCCUAUAGCUUUUUGUGAACUCUCAAGUGUACUCAGCCAAUACAAAUGCUUCACCAGUUGUCAUAGUUACCCUAAAGUAGACUGAUGUCCAAGAGACAAUAGAAUCAUUAACUACUAGUACAAAGGAGAAAAUUUUUUUGGUCUUUGUAAAUCAGUAUACAUUUUUUAACUUUGAUAUCAUUUUUCAGAUGAAGGUUGUGUUUCUGAAUACAUAAUAAUAUGUUUUUCUUCACAUAAGUUCACUCUUGAUUUUUCCAUGGAAAUACGU